AUGUUCGCCAUCACAGCGGAGAAAAGUAUUGUGCAUGUCCGUUUUGUGGACGAUUCUUCUCGAGACCUGAUAAACUGUAUGAACAUCUUCGCAAACGGGCACCUAUUCCAGAGGGCGCAGAAAACGAACACGGACAUCCAGGAACCAUUGAAGGGAAGGACGGAUCUAGUCCGGCACAGUGCUGUCCAUGCUCCACCUAAGGAGAAAUGUCCACAGUGUGAUGAGCGUUUCCGAUGGAAGAAGCAGUUGGAUAAGCAUAUGAUCACCCACUCAGAGACUGCAUUAAAACAACCAUAUCUCUGUCAUAUAUGUGACUCCACCUAUGCCACAGGACAUGGGCUCACACGUCAUUUAUCCCGAAAGCAUGAGUGUCCAAUUCCUGAAGGGUUCAGCAGGUUUGCCAGUUGCCAAUGA